ACUUCCUGUCAGGGAGGCUGCGUGAUGGCGGCGCCCCUGACGUAUCUGGCACAUUGAUGGUUGCCGUAGUCGUGCGCGCGGUUUCUCCUCCACGUUAUCCUGGGAUUUAAACCCGUGAAGAACAUUAUCCUGAACAAAUUAGGGCGCGCUGAUGAACGUAUUUAUGCGCGUUUAGAUUGCAAAAUAAUUGCGUUUUCUGUAACUUACUAGCCAGCUAGCUAGCUGCUACGCUUUUACCUAAGGUGACAGGACGGUGCCAUUGUAGCGUUAUCUUGGAAACGUUUUGGUUGAACGCUUGUUUUUAUUUUGUAUUAUAUCAUCACCUUUAUAAAAGAUGGCCCUUCACAGAAUGCCCCUCAGGCUUCGGCAAACGGUGACGCAUGUUCGGUGGCUUCAUACAAGUGGAUUGGGCCAACAACAGGAGGCCUUGGUGGUUGAGCCAGAACCUGAGCCCUUCUCUGUCUUUAGAACACAGCAGAAUGAUCCGGCUAGUCAGUCAGAGAAGCAUAUUGGACAGUUUUACACCAUACCGCCUGCAGACAUCCGCACCCUCUUCCCUCAUGGCCUCCCCCGACGAUAUCAGCAGCAGGUGAAGACGUUUACCGAAGCAGCCGUGAUGGUGAGGCAGCCCGCCCUGGAGGUCAUCUCCUACCUGAAGGAAACGGAUAUGAGCAAACCCGCACAGCGAUACAUGUUCUAUGGAUUAAAGGGCGGCGGCAAGACGAUGUCUCUGUGUCACGCUGUCCACUUUUGCUAUACGCAGGGAUGGCUGGUGCUGCAUAUACCUGAUGCUCACAGCUGGGUGAAGAACUGUAAGGAGCUCCUGCCUUCAUCCUUCAACGCCUCUCGCUUUGACCAGCCUUUACAAGCCACUGAGUGGUUGCGCAACUUCAAGAUCACCAACGAACCCUUCCUUUCCAAGAUAAAGACAAGGCAGCGCUACGUGUGGACGAAGAGAGAGCUCACUGAGGAGGGAAGCCCUCUUGGCGAGCUGGUUGAUCAGGGCAUCAAUCGCGUGAAGAGUAGCAGCGAUGUGGUGGGAGCGCUGAUGAAGGAGCUAAGACAGCAGAGCGGGCAGCCGGGCUGUGAUUUCCACCUGGCUGUGGCCGUGGACGGCGUCAACGCCCUGUGGGGCAAGUCCAGUAUUCAAAAAGAGGACAAGAGCGAGGUGGACCCAGAUGAGCUCACGCUGGUAUAUAACCUGAGGAAGAUGAUGCGGAACGACUGGACGGGAGGCGCCAUCAUCACCACUCUGUCUCAUACGGGAGCUGUGUACCCACCCAAAUUGGCAUACUUGCCCCAGGAGCUGCUCGGAGAGAGGGGCUUUGACAACAUGGACCCAUUCAUCCCCGUGUCCGUGCCCUACUACAGUGAGAAAGAGUUUGAGAGCUGCUAUCUCUACUACAUGGACCGCAACUGGCUGCAGCAUCCCAUGAGCCGAACAGAAGAGGGCAAGAAAGAGAUUAUCUUCAUGACUGACAGGAAUCCAUCGUUAUUGGACAGAAUUUGCGCGUUCCUAUGAGGUCUUAGACAGCAACCACACGUCACACACAAAUAUCUGCACACUAGAAAUGCAGACUCAAUAUUCAUGUCUAUAAUCUGUAAAUUAUGAAUUCACUGUUUGCUAAUAAAUGUUCAAACUACCAA